AUGACGUGGAGGAUAUCGUGUGAGGAAGAAAUGAAGGCUAAUGUACAGUAGUAGAGCCAGCUAUUAAUGACUGCAGAUGGUUAAGAAAAGGGAAGGUGCUGAUUAAUUUCUAGAAAACUGUGGGCUGAUUUUGUUUGCUGCAUCACUAAUUCCCUUGACGAGUAGCUUUGAUAUCUGCCAGUCAUUUUUAUUGGAACAUUGUUCAUUUCAGUUGUGGCUUUCAAAAAUACUCUCUACAAGUGAAGGUUCCUAUUUAUCGAGACGAGAGUUGUGUUAGGAUUUCUGCAUUAUUUCCAUAUCCUAUGAAUUCCAAGAAAUCAGACUCUUUAGACUUUUGGUGUGUAGAUGAAGUGGUUCGUAAAACGAAGUCGACUGUUCUUGUACUUGAGUCUUUGAAAUCGGAGCAGCAGCAAAUAUCUACGGAGUUAAAUUCAGUACAGAAAUCAGAGGAGGAUGGGGAAUGUGAAACAAUAUACAUUACAGAAAAGUCAAGUGGAUUAGAAUCGAUUAUCAAGGAUAUAUCUAAAGGUCUGGAAGAUGCCGGCGAUCUUAUGGUUGCUUGUGACUAUCUCCAAAAAGUGGAAGCGGAGAAGCAGAAGUUAAGGUACCAAGCCCGACGUCUUUUCCAAGAAAAUGCUUGGUUGAGAGAUGAGCUUGCUGCUGCUCAAGAUGCCCAUAGAAAGAGUGAACUUAAAAUUGUCCAACUCGAAGAGCAAGUCAAGGGCCUCCAGUUUAACAAUGAGUUGCGGAAGUUUGAUUCUUCCGAACCUGUGGAUUCUUCUGGAUUAGCUGAUGGUGAUAAAAACGAAAGGACUGCUUUGGACCUCGGCUUUCCUCCAGAUGAUAAGGAAGAGGGCGAUCAGUAUGGAAUGUCACAAAGUCAAACUGUAUCCAUGACUCAAGGCGUUCAUAACUAUGAGAUUCCAACACGCUUGCGAACGCUUCACAAUUUGGUUAUUCAGUAUGCCAGUGAGGGUCGUUAUGAGGUUGCAGUUCCUCUGUGCAAGCAAGCCCUGGAAGACCUAGAAAAGACCAGUGGACGUGAUCAUCCCGAUGUUGCAACAAUGUUGAAUAUCUUAGCACUUGUGUAUCGCGAUCAAGGUAAAUACAGAGAGGCGGCAACUUUGCUAAAUGAUGCUUUGACUAUCCGAGAAAAAACUUUGGGUCCUGAUCACCCCGCUGUAGCCGCAACAUUAAACAAUCUGGCUGUGCUCUACGGUAAACGUGGGAAGUAUAAAGAAGCAGAACCAUUGUGUAAGAGAGCAUUACUGAUAAGAGAAACUGUUCUGGGACAGGACCAUCCAGAUGUUGCAAAACAGUUAAACAAUUUGGCUUUACUGUGUCAAAAUCAAGGGAAAUAUGAAGAGGUGGAGUUAUAUUACCAACGUGCUUUAGAAAUUUAUAUGCAUGAUCUUGGACCAGAUGAUCAAAAUGUAGCCAAAACUAGAAAUAAUUUGGCUUCAGCCUAUCUGAAACAAGGCAAGUAUGCUGAAGCAGAGAAAUUGUACAAAGAAGUUCUGACACGAGCUCAUGAAAAAGAAUUUGGAAAGGUUACUGAUACUAAUAAACCGAUUUGGAUGAUUGCAGAAGACUGUCAGUCAGCUCAAGCAUCAAAUAAUAAAGAUAUAAAGGAAUCUGUUCAAUCGAUGUGGGCACGUAUUUCUCGUUCAGAAAAUCCAACUGUGGCUACAACACUGCGAAAUUUGGCUGCUCUUUAUCGUAGGCAAGGGAAAUUUGAAGCUGCUAACAUAGUGGAAGAAUGCGCUGUCCAGUGCAAAGGAGCGUCUGUUGUUAAUCCUCAUGAAAAAAGCUCAGUCAAUGUCAACGCUUCCAGGAAGCUGGAAUCAUAAGAUGUCUUAUAUGCAGCAAGAAAGGCUUCGACAAAAUCGUGGUACAAAAGAAUCUUAUUCCCGGGAUAGUCAUACUUGUUAUAAUAAUGGUAAUAGUAUAAUAAAUAACAGUAAUCAUAAUGAUUAUUUCCCCUUUGGUGGAUAUGGUACACAAUCUCAAUAUAUAUCUGAUUUUAAUCUACCAGUGGACAACAACAAUUGAAAUCAUUAACAGUUUGUUUUUCUUUCAUUUGUCCUCUCUCUCUCGUUGUAUGUGUGUGUGUGCGUUUCGUGGUUUCAUUGAAAAAUUGUUUUAUUUCAAUGUUAGGUUAAACCUCCGUUUUUCUUUGUCUGUGCGUGUGUAUGUGUGUGUGCGUUUUCUCCCUAUUACGUGUUCAUUUCUACCUCUUAGCAAUUGUAAUAAUAGUUCUUUUAUCAUCUGGAUAUAUGCUUAUUUACAUAUGUGUGUGUGUGUGUGUAAUUUGCCCCUCUCUAUAUAUAAAUAUAUUCGCGUCGAUGUGAAGCGGGAGGAGGAGGUUUCAAUACAAUUUGCUUUACUUCUGUUAAUCACCACGUUUAACAUCGUUAAUCUGCCUUCGGCUUGCUGCAUUGUGUCAUCUACUUUCAUCAUAUCGUCAUCAAUAUUUAUCAUAUACAUAUUUUAUUUGUUUUACUAUGUGAAUAUUAACUUGUUACUAUUAAUACUACUAAUAUUAUUUACUUGGCUGUGAAAUUAUGAAGAUCUCUAUCUAUCUAUCUAUCUAUACAUGCAUAUACAUAUAUAUGUACCAAAUAUAUAACAAUAUCUAUCUGUUCAUUCAUUUUGAGAGGUAUUGGUGCAUAUUGACAUAUAUAUAUAUAUAUAUAUAUAUUAUAUAUAU